AUGAAUAAAUUUUAUAUUCAAGUUGUUUUUUUCCUUUUAACCAUCUUCGUAUAUGUGAACAAUAAAACCCUUGCAACCGAGCGUGCUCCAAGAAAAUGCACAACACUCAAAUCAAAAAAUAAUUGUUCUAUUUCAGAAAAAAUAUAUGCACAAAACAAGGAUCGAUUAUGUAUCAAUCCGGAAGAAACUAUAAACGCAGAGGAACUUAUGAACGAGGCUGUAACACAUUUAGAAUAUCAUGCUACAAGUAAUGAUGGUUAUAAAUUAUGUAGAAAAAAUCCUGGUAAUAGUAUGUUUUUUUAUAAAAAAAAACAUCAAAACCAUACAGAUUAUAAUGAAAUAAUAAACGAGUUAUGGAAUCCUAAUCGUAGCAAUUUUUUCAAUAAUGGCUAUGUUAAAAUUACCCGUGUGUAUAAUCCAAAUUUAGUAAUGAUACAACAACGUUACAAAAAAAAAUUUGGACGCCGUCAAAAAUAUUUUUAUGCUUUAGCUAAAAAGGUUGAAAUAUCAGAAGACAAAGCUAUAAUUGUCAUGUCUUCAGCAAAUAUAAAUGAUCACAACCCUUCCAAUAAAGAAUAUAAAAACACAAUAAUAGAAAACGCAAAUUUAUUCACAACAGAAAUUGAUUCUGAAGAUGAUAUUAGAAAAGGAAAAUUAAAAAAAACUUUUGUUAACAUAGCUGGAUACCUCAUUGAAAAAGGAAAAAGAUCUGUUGAUGUCAUUUAUAUCGAAUCUAUUGAUGGACAUUCUUCCUUUUAA